AUUUAAAAAAAAAAUUAAAAUCUUUGCUCCUCUCUCCGUUUCCCAAAUGCAAACAAAGGGUGAGAAUUGAUCUCAGUCUCUCUGCCGCCGGAUAGACACGGAACCCGUUGGCCAGCGCUACUGGUUUUGAUAGGAAUACUUGAAGCUCUCUUCUCUGUGGUUUCCCCUGAAAAAUUUCAGAGAUGGCAAUCUCAGUCUCGACCAGUUUUUACAUAAGCAGCUAUUCUUCUUCUACUCUUCCAUCUCCAGGUAUACAAUGUAAAUACUCUGCUCAAUCAGUGAGAGCAUUGCCCACAAGGAUAAUUACAGUUGGAAAGAAGAGGUCACAUGGGAUUCAAUUAUUAGUAGAUGAGUAUAUCGGCAAACUCAGACACUAUUGCUCUGUUGAGGAUAUUCAAAUUCGCUCCAAUCCUAAAAAUGCUCGUGACUCGAGGGUUCAGGUUGAUGAUGAAGACAUGGCAGCCAUGAACCUUAUAAGGUCUGAUGAUUGGGUUGUGAUGUUGGAUGAGUAUGGACUAGAUAUUGGGUCUGAGCAGAUGGCUGAGUUGGUUGCAGAUGCGGGAAAUACUGGAGCUUUAAGGUUAUCAUUUUGUAUCGGUGGACCUUAUGGUCAUGGACAGCGAAUGCGAAAACGUGCUAAUAAAUCUAUCAGAUUAUCCUCCAUGGUUUUGAAUCAUCAGAUUGCGUUGGUUGUUCUUCUUGAGCAGCUUUAUAGGUCAUGGACUAUUCUUAAAGGACAAAACUAUCAUCAUUGAUUAUUUGUCACUUUGUUUUUGAAUCAUGCCUCAAGGCUAACAUGUAUUAAUGCCAUUUCAGAAAGAGAAAGUCUAAUCAGAAACUAGUUGGCUACAUGGUUUUCAAACUCUUGGCAUAGACACCCUUUUUUUCUUUUUACUAUUAUUGUUAUUUUUUGAGCUUGAAGGUGAUAUUUUAUGUUGGUGGAUUAUAAAUUCUUCUGAUUGCAUUUGUAUUAAA